AUGUCGAGCAGUCCCAUUAACACGACGGCCCAGCUGGCGGCAACUACCCCGGCAGACGGCGCGGAGUCCAAUGUUGCUCAGAGCUCCAGUCCAGGCACAACACCGGCGGUGGCUGCUGCAGCACCAGCAGACACAGCAGAACAGGACAACGCUCCGGUGCCUGUGGAUGCUGCACUCGAAGAACUUGAUGAGGCUAGUGACACUAACAGCGUAUUCACAUCCUCUACCACCUCGAUUACCGACAGUGUCCGCGAAUAUCGACAUUUACAUGGUCGAAGUUUUACCCAGAAGACGGAUUAUUGGGGACCUAAUGAUGAGCAGGCGAAUGAUGCCUUAGAUUUCAAUCAUUACUGGAUCACAGAUUUCUUUCAAGAUAAACUGUUCUUGGCUCCGAUUGGCGACAACCCAGGGAACGUAUUGGAUGUCGGUACAGGAACUGGAAUUUGGGCUAUCGAUUUCGCCGAUGAGUUUCCAUCUGCCGACGUACUUGGCAUUGAUGUGUCCCCUAUCCAACCUCUCUGGGUGCCUCCAAACUGCAGGUUCCAGAUUGACGAUUUCGAGAAGGAGUGGAUGUUCAAUACUGAGUUUGACUAUAUUCAUGCCCGCAACCUCGAAGGGUGCAUUGCCGACCUGCCAGGUCUGUUCAAACAAUGUUUUGCAUACACAAGACCCAAGGGCUGGUUUGAGAUCCUCGAGUUUGAUAUUGAGGUUCGCUCGCAGACUCUAGGCGAUCUGGAUGACGAUCACAUCUUCAAGAGGUGGCAUCAGCACAUGCUGGUUUCUUCAACCCGGAUGGGAAAGCCCCAUGGAAACGCCGUCGACCGUAAGCUUGCAAAAGCCAUGAUUGAGGCUGGGUAUGUUGACAUCGUUGAACGAAAGUGGCCUAUUCCUAUUGGACUCUGGCCUGCUAAGCCCGAUAUGAAGAAGCUUGGGCAGUGCACUUUAGAAUUUCUUCUGCAAUCGAUCGAAGGAUUUGGCUUGUUCUUGCUCAAGGAGAUGUUGGGCUUCACGUAUGAGGAGGUUCAGGUCACCCUUGCCGAGUUGAGGGCUGCGCUAAGCAACCCUAGAAAUACGCCGUUUUACUAUUUACACGUGGUGUACGGUCGCAAACCAGAGGAGACAGAGGCGGCCCAAGGGGGUGCACCCACUACGGCUUGA